AUUACUAUUUAAGGAAAACUUCUAGGAAAAAAAAUAAAAACACAGAGAGAAAUGGCGUCGAAUAUAGGGAUGAUGGACAGUGCGUAUUUUGUCGGAAGAAAUGAGAUAUUAACAUGGAUCAACAACAGGCUUCAGCUCAAUCUCUCUCGUAUCGAAGAGGCUGCUUCUGGUGCGGUGCAGUGUCAGAUGAUGGACAUGACUUAUCCAGGAGUUGUGCCUAUGCACAAGGUGAAUUUUGAUGCGAGGACAGAAUAUGAUAUGAUCCAAAAUUACAAGGUUCUGCAAGAUGUACUCAACAAGUUGAAAAUUGAGAAGCAUAUUGAAGUUAACAGGCUUGUUAAAGGAAGGCCAUUGGACAACUUGGAAUUCUUACAAUGGCUGAAACGAUACUGUGACUCUGUAAAUGGUGGAAUCAUGAAUGAGAACUAUAAUCCUGUGGAACGGAGAAGUAAGGGUGGGAAGGACCGUAACUCUAAGGGUUCUCAGAAGACCACAAAAUCACUGCAAGCAAACAAUAUGCACAACUCUGCCUCUGGUGACCCAGUUGACCUGAAUAAAAUGUCCUGGCCAAAGCAAGGCAGGGGAAGUGCUGUGGCAGGUGGAGCAACUUAUUCAGAGGAGGUUCAAGCUUUGUCCAAGGAGGUUACAAAUCUCAAGCUCUCAGUGGACCAUUUGGAAAAAGAAAGAGAUUUUUACUUUGCGAAGUUGCGAGAUAUAGAAAUACUAUGUCAGAUUCCUGAGAUGGAGGACCUACCUAUGACAGUUGCAAUAAAAAAGAUACUGUACGCUGCCGAUGCUAAGGAAUCUGCGCUUGAAGAAGCUCAGGAAUAUUUAUCUGAAGCUAUCAAUACUGUUGAGACUGAAGUUGAAAGUGAGGCUUGACUUUCGACCAGUAAUGGAAUCUUGCCUAGGAAAAGUAAAGGCUCAACCAUUUAUUACAAGCAAACCCGUGUCAAUCAUGAGAUGCUGGUGGUCUUUCACUAUGCUACAGACUCUUAAUGUUGUUAAAGGUAAAUAAUUGUAAUAUUUUCCGUUUAUUACAUGUCCAUGUGUUCUGUUUAUUUAAGUGGGGACUAAUCGAUAUAAGUUAAAGGGAGCUACUGCUGCCUCUUUAUUAUGCAUAUGUUUGUAGGUGUUUAUUACACUUUCCUGGGUUUUUUUGAAUUUAAGCAAGGAGUAAUCUAUCGAAGUUAAAGGGAAGCUGCUGUUGCU